AUGGGUAUUAUGGCGUGGACAGAAACCAUUCCCACUUCCAACAUCCGCAUCAACAUUCUCAGUUGCGUUUACCGGUCGGAUUCGGUCUUUUGGACAUCAGGGCCAUCAUUUUAUCUAGCCAUGUCCCCAACCUCGGAGUUCUCGAGUGACGCGUCUUCAACAAGCUCAGGGCCAAUUUUUCACCUCCCCGACCCUGUAUUCUUCGAUUACGAGCAGGACGCGGGUAACUCAGUCACCGCCACCUUCUCGCACCAUCUCGAUGCCGAGCUCGACCCGGCCUCGCCCCGGGAGACCAAUUUCCUCCUGCGGAUGCGCAACAUCGACGUCUGCAGCGACGAGGACCGGGGCUACCUGCGCGGCCCCGCGGCCCACGGCGGGCCCGCCGCCAUGCCGCUGUUCUCGAGCCCUGACCCGGACGGCGUCAUGUACUUCGUCUUCUUCGCUGCGACCGACCUGCCCUUCUUCCCGGCCUCGGACCCGACGGACCCGGCGCGCGACCCGCAGCCCUGGAUCAGCGGUCGCUUCGAGGUCGACUCGGACUACCACGUUCACCCCAGCCGCGACGGCGGGCCCGGGGCCCCGCUCGAGCCCCGCACCGCGCCGGGGGGCUCCCCCGUGACGGAGGCGCCCCGGCUGCCGAGGCAGGGCCUGGUGCUGGGGCAGCUCUACAUCCAGUCGCCGGAUCCGGUGGGCGGAGGGAUCGAGAUGCAGCGUUCCUUGUUUGACGUGGUCGUCAACGCGGACCCAGGCGUCGCGGACCCCGAGGUUUACAUCAUGUACAACUGCGAGGCCAUGAGGGAGUGGUUCAACGUCAACGUCGCGGGGAGACCCCAGUCUGGGCCGAGUCGCAUCGUCUUCACGGCUGACGUCUUUGGUGGCCUGAUGGAAAGGAGGGUGCCCGGAGCGAAGGGCUGCUAG